UACCAUCUGCCACAAUCAGACUCUGCGCUUGACAACAAACAGCCAGCGUUUCUCGACGAGGACGACUCAGCGGUGCUGGAUCCCUCCAUUCUGGACGCUGACAUCAUGCAGAGUCCCAAUACUUCUGCCUUCCGGAAGGACUCUUUCGCCGCAAGCAACGGCGUGUUGUCACCUGCAGACUCACAGGCAUGGGAUCACCCAUAUAACGCUGGCUUAGCGGUUGAGCCCGCUUCAGCAGGCGCGUCAAAUCCAUUCCAUCACGACGAAGGUACCGUCUACAUGCGUCCCCAAAGCAGUCAGCACCCGCAGGCGUUUGCCCAGCACGCUCCCCCGUCGUGGCCUUUCGAACAUGGCUCUGGCGACUGCACGCCUACGACGGGGCCGGAAUUUAUGCCUCCACCGGCACAUUUUGACGCGAAUCCUCACUAUGUUCAUCAGCGCGCCGACAGCGCACACGGCAGCUUCAGUCAUCCGCAGCCACACCCACACCACUUUCCCGGCCCACAUCCAGAGAACUUCAUUCCAGCGCCCCAAGUGCAGACGCCAAUGUCACCUCACUCGCAUCAAGACUGGAUGGGCAUGGCUCAGCAGGAAAUGGAGGGUCGACCUCCGCAUAAGCGAAUGAGACCUGGCAGUCCUCCGCGCACCAUCAUUGACUUCCAGAGGAGAGACGGCAUCCGAAAGAAGAAUGGGCGCAUCGACAUUCCACAGGAGCGCAACAUUCAGACCAUUGAUGACCUGAUCGAGAAGACGACGGAUGAAGAGCUUCUGAAGGAACUCAAGCAACAGAAGCGCCUGCUUCGGAAUCGUGAAGCUGCGUACGUACUGACUCCCUCCCGACAACGAAAGAAGAAGCAUACCGAAGAUCUCGAAUCCAAGGAAAAGAACUACACCAACCAAAUUGCUGUGCUUGAAGCACAAAUCAACGAGCUCACCCGCGAGCGCGAAGCACGAGAGCGUGAUCGGCAGCUCGCGCACCAACGGCUACAGGAAGCUCAACGUAUCAUCAACACCAUGGAUGAUGAGAAGAGAGAUCUGGUCAUGAGACACAAUGAAGAGGCCUCUCAGCUUCGGAGAAAGGUACAAAUUCUCACGGAUCAGCUCGAGGCUGGACCUGCGCCGGCCAUGUCGGCCGCACCCAGCAGUACUGGCUUCACUGACUUCAAUGCCGAGAUGGAAGCACUGAACAUGGGACCUCACGACUGGGACAAUUUCAUCUUCGUCAACGAUUUGCAGAACGAUCCACAAGAUGACUUCUCUUUUGAGCCCAAGCCGGAGCCACAUACAAACGAGCAGCCCAUCGCAUCAGGUCUGCUGUUCAUGCUUCUACUUUGCGGAGCGUUCGUAGCAUCGAAGCCUGCGAGUUCGCAGCCGCCAGAUCUUCCAAAGAUGCCGGAAGACGUUCGUGCCGCUGCUCCUGCUGUGCUGAAUAAUUUGCUCGCCGAGGCCGGAUCGUCUACCGGCCACGAUUUCAAUCAUCCGGCCGCAAGAAUGGGCCAAGAGCCUAUGCCCUCCGGACUUCCGUACAGCAAUCAUAUCAAACCUGGUCGAAUGGAUCGCAUGCAUCGGACAAUUACGUCUCCCACGAAGCAGCAGGAGAUCGACCAAGCCUUUUCCUUGACGCCUGCGCAGUAUGCAUCGAUGACGAACAUGGAUUACCCAGCUUACAACCAGCAAUCCGGGAACGAGCCCGCGCCACCUCAAAGACGCAAUCUGGCGGAAGCUUUAGCAAACCUUGAAAACAGCCAAACACGGAACUCGAAAGCAGAAGUGUAUACACGAAGUCUGUUAUGGGACCAAAUUCCCGCUGACGUCGUUCGGCAAUUCAAGGAAAUUGUCCGGGAU